GAUGGAAUAGCAUCACAAUGGCGGAAAAUUUGAUAGAAUCGCGAAUGUGUCUAAUGUGAAAUACUGUGAAUAUGCUAUCUUGUAGAUGAGUUGAUUCGUGAUGCUGCUGCUUUGUAUUUUCAUACUAUUCUGUGGAUUUUUCACAGUCCAGGGGCAAGGGAGAGUAUACAUUGGAUAUGCCGGGAGCUCUGCAGUGCCAAACCUCCAGUUCUCCCCCAAUGAUGCCACACCAGUAGUUCCAGUGUAUUUACAAGUGAUCAACGCCACAGAUCCAACUGCUGUAGUAACUCUUAAUCCCAAUGUGCAGGUAACAUGUGAGUUGAGCUACCCAGUCGACGGAUACAGCAACGCCACCUUUGUUCCUGAGACUGUUAGCAGUACAAAUGUCAACAGCACUGUCUCAUUCAAUAUACCUAAUCCUGGGCGUACCCUAGAUGUUCGAUGUUAUGGUGUGUCGACCAGUGGCCAGUUCACCAGAGCUGCAUCUAUCAGUCCUCCUCUUCUGUUUACCAUUGUGAGUGCCCCCAUUGUCAGUUUAUGUACAGACGGAGGUGUGGUGGUGCAGAAUGUAACUACAGUACAGACGUUUCAGAUAGGAUUCAGUGAGGCCACCUUAUCUGCUGUAGACGUCACAUGUAGCCAAACAACUGGAAUUGAUGUAACUACUCUGAACAUUUCACUUGCCUCAUCUGGUGUCAAUGAAAGCAAAAUCACGGUAAGUUACACACUGGUCACUGCCGGCACACCUGUAAAUGUCCAAUGUUCUGGUCAGUCACAGACGGGAACACAGUACCAAACAGCCACUUCUAGAGGGGGUGUGAUUACAUUCACGAUAAACAACCCACUACUGAGGAUUUAUCCACGCUACAUGGAAUCCACUUCGCCUUCCUUCAACUUGCUGUUACUACUGGAGUCCGUGCCUGAUACAGGGUUACCUCCCCUGGGCUGCCAGGCUGUCCUCUUCAACACGACCCAACAGGUGAACCAGGCACUGAACCCGACCAAUCAGGAGGCCAAUUGUCCCUCCACUACAGUCACUACAACAUCAACAACUACCCCUGCCCCUGGCACUACUACCACUGCCACGACUGAUGUGUCUGGACCAGCCUGGGGCGCCACCAUCACGAAAACCAACCUGGUGAAUGUGACUCGUCGAGCAGGCGUCACAGCCGCAGUCACAGAGUAUGUUGUGGUGACCUGUUGUACCACUAGUGGUUCGCUGGGACUCACUGAUGCUGUGUUUGUGGAGGUCAGUCUCACGCCCAAUGUGACACUCGACUGGAGCAAGGCUACAGUAAAAACAGCUAUUAAUGAUGCGAGGAAGUACCAGAACCCGGCUUAUGUAGACGUUGCUCCAUGUCCUUGUGAUCUGACCUUUAACCUCUGUGAUAUCAACUGUUGCUGUGACACAGAUUGCUCUGAUGUGAUGAAGAAGUCCUUUUCCAGCUGUAUUCCUGGCCUGUAUGGAGGACAGUCAGCACCCAUUCCGGAGUAUGACUGUGACUCCACCCAUCCCCUCAAGGACGACUGGUUUCCCAUGAUGUGUGUAUAUCGUGAGUACAACGCUCUCCUCGGAUACUUCUACGCAAACUCACUCAGCAUCCGGGCAUCACAAAAAUUUGAUGAAAAAAUUGCAGGAGAAGAAUUUUAUUCAUACAAGGAGGAGGAGUUGAAGACAUCCCCUGUGUCGUCGACAGCUUACAUGUCCGGAUCGUCAGUGACAGUUACCCAGGACGAGACAAGCCAACAGUUUUCCGUACCCCUGGUACUUCCUCACCGUGUGUUGUCAGGCCAAUGUGCCAUGGCUUCUCCUGUCCGUUACCUGGAGGACGAUAAAUCUGACUGUCUCCUCGACUUAAACCAGGCCUCGUGUUCUGUGGACGGGUCCUUUAAUGCGCUGUUUUACGUCGAGUCCAGCAGUACCAGGAGCCCAUCCUGUCCGAAACUUUUCGUUGUUCGUGGUAGCAACGGUGUGGAAGCUGCAACAGUAGCUGUUACAUCUGUAAAUUAUCACUGUACCACGGACUUCGCGGGAUACCUGAAAAACACAACUACUUUGUUACCAACACGACCUACAAACUCCACAACGUUUAACUACACGUUGCCGAACCUUUCCGAUCAGGACUCCUGUGGUAAUGACAUCACCACUGACUUUAACGUUAUUGCCACCAGUACGUCGGACGAGACACCACUCCCUCCACGCUGCUCCUUCGAUGAUGGCUAUACCCGUCCUCCUACCCCAUCCUAUAAUUCUGUCACAUCAUUCUGUGACAACACAGUGCUGGAGGUCCGUUACAAGUUCUACUGGUCAGGGUCACAGAUAGUCCGCCUGAACGCCACAGUGAUAAUGGGAGAGGUACCGGCCAACAGCGUGGUCACUCAGAAAUACUCGACGGAGUUUGUACACAGCUUCAGUGGACUGACUAACAAUACCCAGGACGAUUAUCAGGGCCUGGGCACAAGCUUCGACCGGUCAGGCUGGCCGGGGUACUCCAAAGGGAAGCCACUCUUGACGGGAUCAGCGAUGACUUUGAGCGAUGGGGCAUUCUAUGUUAAUCAGAAUACAAGCAGGCAACAUGCACUGUGGAGCACUGAUGUAAACGGCCUCUGUUACAAUGCUGGAAGAAGAAGUAUUCUGUUUGGGGAGAACUCUAUAACAAGUUGUGAUAUAUAUCUCACUGCUGCUGAGCUGUUUGGGGAUUGUGAAGAUCUAAGAAAAUUAUUAAUCAAUCGUCUGAAUAACCUGAUGGCUGCUGAUAGAAUUGGACGGUUUGGUAACAACAAUCCUUACGACAGUACCCACUGGACUACAGUACUGAGGGGUAACCUGUCUUACGUGUGUGAGCGCCCAGUCAAUAUGACAGACGCUGACGUGAUUGCCAGAGAAUCGAGCGGUAUGUGUACGGAUGUGGUGACGGGAAUCAACCUAGAGGUGAUGUAUGCAGAGACGGGUAAAUCCAACAACCAACCUAUAUACGAGGUUAUAGGCUCCUUUGUCAGUUACACUAACAUCACCCUAAACAUGACUUGUGGUACGAGCGGAGACUCUGCCUGUCAGGGUACAGGUGUACAGGCUUUCCCCAUACACAGCUCCGUCAACUUUGUCAAGGUGUCGGCCCAGACUCCACCCAGGAUCGACAGGUGGUUGGAGUUCUAUGACGAGUCUAUCUGCAGUAAGGACACGUGUUGGGACGAACUGCUCUACCCCCUGUCCAGUGCCUAUGACGGCGACUCUAAACAGUUCGCCCUCGCUAUGGUUCUCGUCCUCAUCCUCUUCAUCCUUGGCUACCUAAUGCUUGUCCGGCCAUGGUGGUCUAUCAAUUUAUAACACUUGAUAGUGGUCAGUCAUCAGAAAACUGGACACAGGUCAAUACAAUGUAAACAUAGUGAUCCUGAAUCUUUGACGGUCAACAGUACAGAUUCUAACGCCAGUGAUUUGGAAGGAUCUGUCCAGAUUCAAUUUGCAUAUUUAGUGCUGAAAUGUUUGCCUGUUAACCCAGUAGAUCCUAUUUUGGUAUAUUUCAGAAAUAAAUAUAUAGGGGAGGGACGGGGGGUAGUUUUUUUGUGUCCAUUUUACAAUUGUAAGUGCCCCUGGAUAGUAACCUGUCUUCACAUCUCAAUAUUUCAUAUAUUUAAUGAGUCAGAUCUAUAAUUACAAAAGAUUCAGUUUUCAUAAGAAUUGCAUCAAUUGUAGGUGGGUUUCACUGAAUUUUGUAUCAUGACGGACAGAUAUGGAAUUCCUUAUAUAUAUAUAUAUAACAGUCAGGUAAAUGAUUUUUAUCAAUUACUGAUCAUGCUUAAUGGCCAUCUUAUUCAAAGAUGUUGAUUUCCCUGGCUAAAGUUCCUUUUUCAUGACAGAUGGUGACUUCUCGACUUCUCGAUGGAUGUAUUUAUUGAGAGAUUUCUGUCAAUUAAUUUUCUGGAAAUGAAAUGAAAAAAGGAUUUGUUUGGAUAUGCAAAUCAACAAGUAUGGAAACUAGCUGAUUGUGAACAUAUAUGUAGCUGGAAAGUUUUAUUUUGUGCAAGUGUAAAUCUCAAACAUUGAAAAUUAGAUCUCACAGGAACAUUAUGAAAAUUGUAUCCAUGUUCACAUGUGGAUAUGCUGCAUUAUGUAAAAUUGUUGUUAAUAUAAACACAUAUCAUGACUCAACUGCUGUGAUCUUAACUCAUUCACCCUUGAUGACACAUUUGAACUCUUCCAAUUUAAAGGUUGGAAUAGUUUAUUUUGAAAUUUCAGGGGUGAAUGAGUAAAGGCAUGUUGUGAGAGAGGUGUGUAGGGCAUGUAUGUUAUGAAGUGAUUAUACAGAGUAUGUGUAGUGAGGUGAAAUAUAACGCUGCAAGGUGUGAGAUUGGUGAGUGUGGUGUGGUGUGGGAGGUGAGAAUUUAAGAUUGUAAGGUGGGCGUGUAUGUUGGCAGAACAAGCGGUACUGUGAUACUAGGAUUACAUUGUGAGUGUUGCAUCAGGAACUCAAUAAAAAAUGUUGUUAUAUAUGAGAAUACGGGAAAAAAAUAUAACAAAAUCCAUAACAAUAUUAAAGUUCCUUACUUUGUAUAAUUUACCCCUACAACAAACAACAAACAAAACACCCCCAAUUAAAGUAAUCCGGGCCUACAAUGCCAGUACAUAUACAACCUUUGAUGAAUACCGAUUCUUGUAUUCUGGGGCUUGCCGUAUAUAAAUACAUGUAUUAAAUUUCACAUGUGCUGCUUAUAUAGAUAUACUGUAAUGACAGAUAUAAAGUCAUUAGGAGCUUGUGUUGAUUUAAUGGUGUCCGAAUGGAACCUAGGAGAUCCGUGCUGGCUCCAAACUACCCUGUAGAUAGUUCUCUAUAAUACUAAAACCGUCCUCCUGAUAGCAUUGAACAAUUUUGGUAAAAACAUAUGUUUGUAUUUUCAGUAAUAGCUUGUAUGCAGUGUAGAUUAUAUAAUACUGUAUAGGGUUUCAAUUGUGAGGGAUGAAAAUGAAGAUUUAGUCCUGGCACAGAUUAGCAGGUAUAAAAUUUGUACAACCUGCUAGAAGUCCAGGAUCAGUCUCUUUAUUACGACAACAGUUAAGCAAUAGAUGAAUUUCCAUGGUUAUAAUGCAUUUUUCAAGCUUUGAAAAAGUAAAUUUUGAGCCCUAUUCCGUCUUUGCGUAUUGCAGAGUUAUCUUCUCUUGUGAGCAGGUAUUGAUUGUUACGUCAUUAGUUCGUGUGAGAAGAUUACGCUGUUUUCUCAAAAAUUGAUGACAUUACUCUCACAAACAAAUGACGUAACAAUCAAUACCUGCUCUCAAUAGAAGAUAACUCUGCAAUACGCAAAGACGGAAUAGGGCUCAACAAAAUAACAUCAACUCAAAAUGUGGUCGGAGUACUGAAAUUGUGAAAUUAACUCCCGGCAACAGUUGCGUGGUUUAGAGUAAUACCGUCCUUACCUUGUACGUUUGUGAAGCGUUAAGAGUGACUAUUUAUGGUCGUGAGAGAAUUAUACGAACGUUAUACUGUGAACAUGUAGAUUAGUGUGAAUCUAUUUAUAACUUAACGCAUUUUAAAUGAAAUUUGAAUAAAUUAUAAUAGAAAGAAAAA